AUGGAACCGAAACCGCCGCCAACAAGUCCGCCGCCGCCAUCCAUUACCACAAUUGCCAACGAUGGUGGUAGUGAUGAUGAUGAUGAUGAUGAUGACAAUGGCGAACCAAAUCCCACCGGGGACGUGGAAAAGGCCAUUCCAACCUCCGCCGUCACCGAGAAUGGGCGGAGAUCCCAGACCACUUCCCGUGGCCAACAGCCGCGGGGCUCAAGCGCCGCACAGGCGGGAUUAGACAUCGAUAACAUGGAUCUUCCGCUGUUUAGCUCCUGGUCCGGCUGGUGGCACCGGCUGGCCUCCUGGGGGGUGGAACUGCGCGGUAUCACGCCCGUCGCCGUCGCCGAGCAGACAGACAUGAGCGCGAUUAAUUUGUUCUUCCUGUGGUUUACGGUUAGCUGCAAUGUCUUGCCGGUUAUCACAGGCAUGGUUGGCACGCUCGGUUUAGGCCUGAGUCUGCGCGAUGCCAGUCUGGUUGUGAUCUGUUUCAAUGUGCUAUGUACGGUGCCGCCAGCAUAUCUUUCGAUAUUCGGACCCAAAACGGGCCUGCGCCAGAUGAUUCAAGCGCGGUAUAGCUUUGGAUUCUACUGUGUCUACAUUGUUGUUCUAUUGAACCUUGCUACCGUCUCUGGAUUUGUUGUGAUCGAUGCGGUAAUCGGAGGCCAGACUCUUGCAGCCGUAAACCCCGGCUCCAUCAGCGCGAAUGCUGGUAUCAUCAUUGUGGUCUUGGUCGCUCUGCUCAUCUCCUUCUUCGGCUACAAGGUGCUGCACCAGUAUGAACGGUAUGCCUGGAUCCCCACGCUCGUGAGCAUUAUAAUCCUCACCGGCUGCGGGGGUAAGAAUCUUGUGGACCAGGUUAAGCAGCCAGAACCUACAGCAAAGCCUAUCCUGUCCUUUGGCGGGUUAGUUGCCGGUUUCUUGAUUCCCUGGGCAGCGCUGAGUUCGGAUUUCAGCACGUAUAUGUCACCAGAUGUGCCUUCCACACACAUCUUCACGUAUACCUACCUGGGCCUCUUCCUCCCUAACACACCCCUAAUGAUUCUUGGUGCCGCCAUCGGCGGAGCCGUCCCCAACACCCCAAGCUGGGCCUCCGCUUACGAAAGCGGAUCCGUCGGCUACAUUGCUCCUCGCCUUCUCCGCUCUCGGAAACAUUGCCGCAACCAUCUACAGCAUAACACUGAACAUUUCAAAUAUUACUCCCCAUCCUCGUCCGUAUUCCACGCGCAAUCUUCGCCGCCGUCUUCGUUGCCAUCAUCAUCCCAGUCUCCCAUUCGCGCUGCGGCAAGUUUCUUUUCCUCUCUCGAGAAUUUCAUAGGUGUAAUUGCCUAUUGGUCUGCGGCUUUCUUCGCCAUCGUGACGGUUGAACAUCUCGUGAUUCGUCAUGGUAAUUAUGCGUCGUAUGAGCAUGUGAUUUGGGAUGUGGGUUCGCAGCUACCGAGUGGGAUUGCCGCGCUGGGGGCGGGGUUGUUAUCGUUUGCGUUGGUGAUCCCGUGUAUGUCACAGAAGUGGUUUACGGGGCCAAUUGCGGAAAUUACGGGGGAUAUUGGGUUUGAGAUGGCGUUGGUGGUUAGUUCGUUGUUAUAUUUGCCAUUCAGGGCUUGUGAGGUCAGGUUACAGAAACGAGGGAGGGGGGUUGGGUGGGGGGAGCGGGGAGGUUAUAUUUAA